AAGUGCUUCUAAUCCAAAUCUAUUUACGUCGCUUCCUGUUAGCCAUUUUGUUCCAAAAUGGGUAUUUCAAGAGAUCACUGGCAUAAGAGGCGUCCUACUGGAGGAAAAAGGAAACCUAUUAGAAAGAAGAGGAAAUUUGAAUUAGGACGUCCAGCUGCUAAUACGAAAUUGGGACAACGUAGGAUACAUACGGUUCGUACACGCGGUGGUAAUAAGAAAUAUCGUGCUUUGCGUUUGGAUCAUGGCAAUUUCUCAUGGGGAUCAGAAAAUUGUACUAGAAAAACAAGAAUAAUUGAAGUCGUAUACAAUGCUUCUAAUAACGAAUUGGUAAGAACGAAAACCCUUGUUAAAAAUGCUAUUGUCACUAUCGAUGCCACACCAUUCAGGCAGUGGUAUGAAAGCUUUUACAUUACUCCAUUGGGAAGAAAGAAAAGUGGAAAAUUAACAGAAGCUGAAGAAGCCGUUCUUAGUAAAAAGAGGUCUAAAAAACUCAUUAAGAAAUACAAGGCUAGGCAGAAAAAUUCCAAGGUGGAACCAGCAUUAGAAGAACAGUUCCAAAAUUCACGUUUGUUAGCAUGUAUAUCGAGCAGACCUGGUCAGUGUGGUCGUGCUGACGGUUACAUACUUGAGGGAAAAGAGUUGGAAUUUUAUUCGAGAAAAAUAAAAGCUAAGAAAGGAAACAUUAUGUAA